UAUAUUUACGCUCGCUAUUUUGAUACGUAGAGCUUAAAAAAUCGCAAAUGUUAUUUCUAACGUUAUGCCACUUAUGGGGUGUAGGUAGUCAAUCUUAUCAUGAUAUUGUUUUCAUCUUGAUUAUUAUGUUGGAAUGAAUCGAACUUUGUUGCUAACCAAAAUGAGAAGAAAUUCAAUUCAUUUCAAAUUCGAUAGGUCCUCCGGAGAACGCCGGCCUUUGAAAAAAUAUCACUGGGGUUUGAUGUUAAUUAUAGAGUCAAGUUUACGGGUUGAAAGAUGGCCCACGUGAUCUCCAUCUCUGCCGGGGAGCUCUCAGAGGAGCUCCAUGAAACUCUCACUGUGAUAGAAGCUCAUGAACAUGUUGAGCACAUCAUCAAGGAGGAGCCUGAGCAUGACUACAUUGUCACUGUUGACCCUUGUGAAAACAACAGUGACUAUUUCAUGAUAGAGGAAGUUGAAGAGCAAUACUCUGCAAUAGUCCAUCCUUCAAUUGGAGACAGCAAAGAAGAGUUCUUGAACCGCUUAAAGGAGUCUUCUCAGUGCUACUUAUGUGCUGAUCAAAGUUUUCAAUGGAGUUCACGUCUGCAUCAGCACUUUGUAAAAACUCACAUCGAUCACAGUACUGUGUUGGCAAACAAGCUUAUAUUGGUCUGCAAGCUGGGGUGCAAAAAAGACUCCCAUUACCAUUGCCCUCAUGCUGAGUGUCUCUUUUCAUGCAAGCACACUCACCGACUGCAGAUGCACUUCACCCUCAACCACAUCACUGAUUCUGAUCAGGUUGAUGCUGCACUCAAGCAGGUCAAUCAUGCUGCUAUCAGCUUGAAGAUCAAAGAAGAACCAAGUGAGUUUGAAGAUGCAAGCUUUGUAUGUGACCUUGACAACAAGAUCCUGAGUUCAAUCUUUGGUGAGGAGGAUGAGAUGCCAGAGGUGCGACCUGCCAAGAUUAGUGAGACGCUAGAGGGCGUGCAGGAUAUGUACAAGAAUGAAAUGGAUGAAGAAGGCCGCAGCAAAUUCAUGGAGCUGUUGCAGCAGCCAUCAGAGAAACUAUCAGUUGCUCACAGCAGUGAAGAGCUCAUCCAGAGACUGGAGCCCCCAUACUGUUAUCUCUGUGAAGACAUUGACCUCAAACCCAAGUCACGUCUUUACCGUCAUUUCAAAAGCGUCCAUCUUGGCCACCACAUCAAGCUUGCUAACUUCUUUGUGGCCUCAUGCAAGCUCACGUGUAGCCAGAGCCCUGAAGAAGGCAACAAUGCAAACCUCUCUCACUACCAUUGUCCUUAUCCUGGCUGUGAAGCAACUGUCAAAGCCAAACACAGAAUGCUGACUCACUUCAAGAAACAUCUUGACUACUUCCAUAUGGGUUUCAAAAACAAUUAUUUGUCUCCUGCCAAUAAAGCAAACCCUUAUUCAAGGCUCAAAAAGUCGCUCAUUCUAAAGGAUUUGGAUUUUCCUCCUCCUAAAAAAAGGUUUGAAUUCCACGGCGUACCUUUCAUCGCGCAUGCGAGUAUAAGCAGUCAAGGGCCAGCUGAACUAUUCGACCGUCUGUGCCUGCCUUUUUGCUACCUCUGUCACGACCGCAAGGUUUUCUAUGCAAUGCCUCGUCUUGAGCGCCACUUCCGCAUGGCACAUCUGAACCGCGCAGUGGAUUGUGGCAGCUGCUACCUCAUCCAGUGUGGCCUGGACUGCCUCCCUGGGGGCUCCAACUCCCGUCACUACCACUGCCCCUUCUGCCACUACCGCGAUCCGCGCCGCUGCGCCUACUGGAUCCAUCUUGAGUCUCAUCGACGCGAGGGCUACGUCGCCGCGCUCGUCAACAAGAUGAAGGCUGAAGGCACGUUUAAAAGUGAGGGUGGAGACACGGCUGGCCCCUCUGUCAAUUUCAUUUUGCCAGAGCCAGAGGACGCUGCUAGCAACGUGCAGCGAGAAAACCCUCCUGCUGUUCCAUGGCAUGAACGGUACCGAGGUUUACCGGUACGCAAGGUGCCAGGCAUCAAUAAUGGCGAGGAAGCAGUGCUUGCUGCCGCGCGUCUGCCUCACUGCUACCUCUGCAACAGCGACAAAGACUACAUCAGCGAACGUCGCCUGCUGGCGCACAUCAGCCGGUGUCACGUGAAGCCCGCCUUCUGGAUGGACAACAUCAUGGUGCUGCUGUGCAAGCUCUUCUGUGGCGACCAGCAUCAGGAUGCAGGACAUUACCAUUGUCUCUUCUGUGACUUCGUCGCGCGUCAGAAGAAGAGAGUUAAUGUCCAUGUCGCGCGACACUUCAAAAUGCUCCACAAGAGGAAGGAUACUGCUGAGUAUCACUUGCCUGAGGUCAUGGACGACCAUCGUGUUCCUGAUGCCUGGAUUCCAGAGGAUAAUCGGGACGAGAUACGGCACUGGGAAGACUCCUUCAACGACUAUGCUGUCAACACUUACUCGAAGAGCGGCCGCACCAACAACAACGUGUUAACUGAGAGGAAGAAAUGUCUUAUCUACAACCAUACCAGAUUGAAAAUGGAUAUAGAAGACAAGUCUUUGAAAUAUUGGGUGCGUUUCCGUGGCGUGAAGGUGAUCUCCUGCGAGCAGCUGGGCCUCUUCAACGUCCUCGUCCUGCCACUGACCAGCUAUGUCAACGACGAGGAGAACAGAGCCAUUAAUGUGGCUCCAGAGGCGCCUCUGAAGAACUUCGAGCUCGUCCUCAAGAGUGAUGACCACGAAGCAGAGUUUUACAAAUAUUAUCGCCUGAUUCCUACACGGGAAGAAGUCUUCAAGAUUCUCUACCAGCUGCACAUCAUGAAUGGUUAUCAUCCGCCUCCCAAAGCUAUGUUUGCAGAGAUACGGCGUAAAUACUUGUACCUGCCGCGACAGCUGGUGGACAAGUUUGUCUCGAUGUGUCCCACUUGCGGAGUACAGUACCCGGACAAGUCUGACAACAACACGCCUGACGUCACCGUCCGCACUGCCGACACCGUAAAUCUUGCUGCUCUGCAGGUGACUGUAGUGGACAUGAGUGAACACCCCGACGGGCGCUACCAGUACGUGGUUGAGUGCUUCGACCGCUGCAGCCGCCUCACGUGGCUCAUACCUGCCGCACGCGCCGUCGCCACGGACCUCGCAGAAGCCGUCAUCAGGAGCGUCUUGUCCGUCAUUGGCCUGCCUUGCUUCAUGGUCACCAACUGCGGCCCUGACUUCCUUGACAAAAUGCUGCAGGAGAUCGACAGGAGAUGGCAUGGCUCUUGCGAGAAUUUCAUCGAGCGAAGUCGGGAAGCGUCGGAAGUGCUGCCUGUGCUGAGCAGUGAUGAUCUCAUGGAGGCGCUGCAGGAGUUGGUGUCGCUGCAACCAUCUUCUUGGGCUAGUGCCUUGCCCCACCUACAGUUUCGGCUGAAUCACACGCGGGGUUUCCAGUCCCAAGAGCAGUCGCCGUUUGAGCUGGUGAUGGGCCGUCAGCGGUCACGUCCCAACUGGCAGCGCUUCUUGAACAACAACAACAACAACAGCGGCGGUGGUGCUGGUGGUGCGAGGAGAGGAGCUGCGGCACACGUAGAGGAAGAUGAUUUGACCAUGGAUGAAGAUUCUCAAGAUUCAUAGUGAAUCUAAUCUUCAUUAGUGGUAGUCGAGAGUGAAUAGCAUUUGCCAGUUGUGGUGUUGUGUCUCCGAGUGUGGCUGUGGUGAAUGAGCAAAAACCCCAAUUUGGAUAAUUGUGCGAAACGUUAACUCUUUGAUGUUUCGUAUUAUGACAUCUUUUCCAUUAUAAGACAACGCGUUUAUUGGUUACAAUGUUUGCCUACAAACUUCCUAGUUUAACUGUACAGUUGUUCAUAGAUUUGACUAUGGAAGAUAAACGAAUGUUAUUCGCGAUUUUCUUUCAGACAAGGUAAGUGCGAAUUACGCCUUAUUUUGAGAUUUUUCAAGUACGGCAUAGCCCUCAUAAGAUAUACCGAUAAUUUUUUUGGAUUUGGUUGUAACAUUUAAUCUAUCAAAUUUUGUGCAAUUAUGUAAAUUGCAUUGUACAUAGCAAACUGUACCUGAUUAAAGUGAGUUUAGUGACGGUAA